UUCGUUGUUUACAUUCUUCGAGGGGUCCAGCUAGCCAACGGGAGAUUAUAGCAGCUUUUAUGGCAGCUUUUUGCAAAAUGCCAGUUAACAAUUGACCAGGAUUAUGUAUUUAUAACCGCUUUCAUCUGUAUUUCAUCUCCGUCGUUCCUUCGGGCCAUGGCUUUAGCUCGCUGCUGGUGCCGUCUCUGGGUAACAUUACCGCUCGUCCUGCUGCGGUGGCCGGGGCUGCUGGUCGCGGCGGAGCAGGUCGCUCUGGUGGAGGUCUUCCUGGAGCAGCGGCCCGUGGUCAGCGCUCUGCUCCAGGGGGAGGUGGUGGAGGAGUCCGGCAGGAGCUCCGAGGACCGAGAAGAGCUUGAGGGAGAGCUGGUCCUGGUUCAAGAGGACGAGGAGACGCAGGUGAGCGGAGGAAAGGGAGAGGAGGACACCAAGGAGCAGGAGCUGUGGAUCGGGGUGGUGCCUCUGGAGGUGGAGGACAACAAAGCCUCCUCCGGAAACCAGGAGUCCUUCACUGACGCCAUGGUCAAUAAAAUGAAGCGAGCGUUGGUCCUCGGAGCGUCUGCGCUCAUCAUUCUGGCUCUCAACCAAAACACCGUCAGCGAGAUGGAUCUGUCUCAGGUGCUGUCGAAGCCCAUCAUUGUGAUCCAGACGUCUGAAAACGUCACCAAGCUGAUCGGAGCUCUGCUCAGGGGUCUUCAAGCGACAGCAAAAAUCACAUACAAGACGAUCCUGCAAGACAACCUGGGAGCCACGCUCACGCUGUGGUCCAGCUGCGGUCGAUCGAGAGGAGGCCGCUACGGAGAGUGGCAGGGGGUCAUCUGCACGGGAGAGACCAACUCUCAGGUCCAGAAGUACCUGCAGCAGCUGUGGGACACGGUCCUCCUGGUGGCUCUGAUCCUCAGCACAGGAGUCAUUGUUCAGGCUCGCUGGCAGAACCACGAGCAUCAGAGGAACGAUGACCUGGAGCUCUUUCCUAAACAGGAUGUCCUGAAGAGAAUGUUGUCCCUGAAGACCAAAACGUACCGUCAGCCCAAACCGUGGUGUGACCCGUCCCAGCCGGCCGAGACGGACAACUGUGCCGUCUGUCUGGAGCCGUUCAACAACAACCAGUGUCUCCGGGUGCUGCCGUGUCGUCAUGAGUACCACAGAGACUGUGUCGACCCCUGGCUGCUGCUGCAUCACACCUGUCCUUUGUGCAAACGCAGCAUCCUCGGCAGCGUUCGCAGAGAUAGUUAACGGUCGCCUCGCCUCCAUCGCCACUGACGUUCUGUGAAAGUCUCGUCUCUCCCUCAGUGACUCUGACCUUUGACCUUUGUGAACUCGCCGCUUCCUCUUACCGGCUAACGGGAUUUAGAAGCAAAUAUAAACUCAUCACAGCAGCUGGUCGGCCAGCUGGACCGUGGAGGGGUCAGACUUUUGACAUCUGACCUUUGGGUGGGUGCAACAAAGUCUCACAGACAUGCGGCAGUAGCGUGAACACAAUACUGUACGAGUACUGUUGUGUGUAAACAGUACUUCUUCCUGGGAUCAUGUUACUGUACACUUUAUUUAAAUAUGUUUUUAUGCGUGAUCGAGAGCGGUGAACAUGCGACUCUUCACAAAAACAGAGACUUUCAGUUUUUAAAGCUGAUAACGUGAGCGAGUCCUCCAGAGUCGCAUGUUCCCGCAUUCAAAGCUUUACGGUUCAACGUGGGACGUACUGACGCACCAGUCAAUGUCACGUUAGGGCCGAACGAUGUCAAUAACUUAUUAACAGAGCUAAAACGUGGUUUUUAUCUAGUGUCCAAACUCAUAGCUUGCUAUUUAUUGAGGUUUAAUAGUUGUAGUCCAGAUGUAACUACAGGUGGUAGCAGAUGUGGAAACAAUGUUUGCACUUGUCCUUAACAUGCCUUACAUGACUUCACUGCAGAGUGAGAGAAAACAAACACACCGUAUUCAUACUUUAGUUGUGAAUGUUACAGCAGCUGAAGCAGUUGCAGUUUUAAACUAUAUUUGAAAGAGAUUUCAAACAGGUGGUGAACAUUUCAGAGUCAGCUGGACUUCCAGCCUCCUCUGAUUAUAUUUAUCUGCUUAUUUCCUUUUAGGUCUGUGUGAAGGAAGUCAAAACCAGUUUUAAUUUAAUAUUCAAACAGGUGGUCAUCUCAUUCAUCACGUGAACGUGUCUUCUGACGUACAGCUGCACAGUAAUAACCUGAGUGAUUAGUUUUGUACUUAAACAUCUUGGAUCAGGUGCAGUGAAAUGUGUGAAUCAUAUUGAUGUACAGACAUGAGUCUUCUCAUCCAACUGUUGGCAAGAAAGCUAAUUAGACUUAAAAAAGAAAAUUAAACUGUAUUUUUACAUACAGUAAAAUUCUUCAGUGUAAAUUGUAGAUUUCUGUGCAGCCGUACUCCGAAGCAUCUUCAUUUUACUGUGAAAGGAAAAAGACAUUUUUGCCAGUGACGACUCAACAAACUCCAAGGAUGUCAAAAACGAAGUGUUAUUGUAUUUAUUUAAUGUUUUCUUUUUUUGCAACAUCAACUCCAAGAAGCACUUACAUGUGCUUUGUUUUUUUGUUACAAAAUGCUCUGAUAGAUCUGUUCUCUUUAUAGAGGAUAGUCUGUGCAUGGCGACAUGUCGGAGGGUUCCUCCUCGCAGCCGGUCUGUAAGAGGCCGUGAGGCGCCUCCGUACAGCACGAGCUACCAAACACCACGUCUGAUCUCUGUUACUGAAGGCUGGACAACAGCGGUGGGAGCCUGCUUCGACACGAGCUGCUCAUACAGGACGAGUAGUCGUAGUGAGAGACACACAGUCUCCCACUGAGGUCCAGACUUGAUCACCAGGUCCGUUCAUUGUUCUUCCAGCUACAGAAGGAACCACAGUCUCUCCAAACAAAACACCUGGAUGUUGCUUCCUUUUAUUCCUAUGUUGUCUAUUCGAUGAUGAUGUCACAGAAACAUCUUAAUAGUAAACUGAUUUGUUACUUGGCAAAAAAUAAAGGUCUUAUUCUUUGUC